AUGGCGACGCAGAAGCUUCAGGACAAGGAACUGAAAGAAGGCAACGACAUUGGAGCUCCUCCACCUCCAUCCUCGGAGACUUCUCCUGCUCAUGAGUUCUCCUUCUCGAGCUCCCUCCAACCUUCUUUUACUUCCAUACCAAAUCAUAAAACCCUCAUAUACAACAAGAACACGGCAACAAUACUCAACUUGCCCUCCGCCGGCGACAUAUUCUCCCACGGACACCAACUUCACCUCCACCCACCGUCACAACCGUCCGUUGCAGCUCCCCGCUCCCGUAACGUCUUCGCCGGAAGCUUCAGCCGUCCUCUGGAGCAUACCAGAAGUGGUCUAAGCCUCAAUCGUCAUCUCAUCGAUCAUCGUGAUAGUGCCCGUGAGAACGAAGAGAGUAUCAAAAACAAGACCUUCUCCUUCUUUUUCGGACACAGGAAGUGGCGGAAGGAGGGCGACAGCGGAGACAAAGAAGAGGUUAAGAAGAAGAAAAAGAAAGGGUUCGACAUGAGCUGCUGGAUAGCAAAGAAGUACGCAAGCACGAUGGAGAUCUUCUUCGGGGAGAAGCAUGAGCUCCUUCGGAGGCCAUACCGCAAAAAAAGGGAUGGAUGGUGGAAGAAGAAGGGACAGCUAUCGGCGCCGACCUCCAUGAGGACAUCUCCCUCCAACAGCGGCCGCCUCUCGGCGACGACAUUGACGUUCGCUUCCUCGGCUGACAGUGCAGUGGAAGAAAUCCACAGUGGGAUUCAGGCUGCUAUUGCUCACUGUAAGAGUUCUAAUACCAACAAAGAUGAGAAAUGUAAAUGCUGUCAUGUGAAAUGA